AUGAAGACCUGCCUGGUGCCCGGGCUGGCCCUCUGCCUCCUGCUGGGACCUCUGGCAGGGGCCAAGCCGGUGCAGGAGGAAGGAGACCCCUACGCAGAGCUGCCGGCCAUGCCCUACUGGCCCUUCUCCACGUCCGACUUCUGGAACUAUGUGCAACACUUCCAGGCCAUGGGGGCCUACCCCCAGCUGGAGGACAUGGCCCGCACCUUCUUUGCCCACUUCCCGCUGGGGACCACCCUGGGCUUCCACGUCCCCUACAGGGAGGAGUGA